AUGGUUGGGAUCAAAAAUUACAGCUUAACACCCAUACAGAAUGGGCUUACAUCUCCAAACAGUGGGGACCUUAUACAAUUCGUCUACACUGUCCUGCUCUGUCCAAUUAAAGCUAUUUUAGUACCAAGAUUGGAGUUCCUUGCAGUCCUGAUUGGAACAAGACUUUUAACCUUUGUCGUAUAUAGCCAACUUGAUUGCAAUGUCGCUCAAUACCUUUGGACAGACAAUAAAGCUGUUCUAGACUGGAUAAAUAAUUCACAAAAGGGACAAGAACGAUUUGUUCAAAACCCAUUAUUAGAAAUUCGUAAAGUCCAAUAUGUUCAGCUUAAUUAUAUCCUAUCGAUGGAAAACCCAGCUGAUAUAGCCACUAGAGGAACAAAAAACCGCUAUAUCCUCAUUAAUUAA